AUGGACGGCCAAACAGGGCCUCCGGACAAAAGUAUCUCAUUGGAUGGGAACUCCAUCCCUCUUUAUGAUCGUGGAUUCUCAGUGGCUUUGACUUCAACUGAUGGGCCUCCGGACAAAAGUAUCUCAUUGGAUGGGAACUCCAUCCCUCUUUAUGAUCGUGGAUUCUCAGUGGCUUUGACUUCAACUGAUGGUUCAUGUAACCUGGAAGGGGGUUUGGAAACUGUCGAUGCUUCACGUUGUUUCAAUUGUGGUUCAUACAACCAUGCAUUGAAGGAAUGCCCGAAGCCUCGUGACAAUGCUGCUGUAAAUAGUGCUCGAAAGCAACACAAGUCUAGACGUAAUCAGAAUGCGAGUUCCCGUAACCCGACUCGAUAUUAUCAAAAUUCUGCUGGGGGAAAGUAUGAUGGUUUGAGGCCUGGUGUCCUUGAUGCUGAGACACGGCAACUUUUGGGCCUUGGGGAGCUUGAUCCACCUCCGUGGCUGAAUAGAAUGCGUCAAAUGGGAUACCCACCAGGCUAUCUAGAUCCAGAUGAUGUGGACCAACCAUCAGGGAUUACAAUAUUUGCUGAUGAGGAAAGUAAGGAAGAAAUGGAGGAAGGGGAACUUCCUGAGACAGCCUAUAAUGAGCCACCUAGAAAAAUGAGUGUUGAAUACCCGGGGAUAAAUGCACCAAUUCCAGAGAAUGCAGAUGAAAGGCGUUGGGCAGCUGCGCCUUCGAGUUUCGAUCUAUCUAGAAAUCGAUCUAAUCACAGAUUCAACCAUUCGUCAGAACAUAGCAGCAAAGGAAAUUAUCAUGAGCAAACAUGGUCCCGGGAUUUCAGAGAUGAUUGGCCUCCUGGCUGUGAACCUGCAACCAGCCCAUCCAUAUCUGGAUACUCUGGCAGGUAUGGUGAUUAUGACUUGAGUUACAAUUCCCACAGUCCAAGAGGUAACAUUCCACUACCGAGAAGCCCUAGUUUUGGGAGGUCUCUGUCAGACAGAGGUAGAAGGAGUCCUUUAGUUCAGGAGAGUUCUUCAAUCUAUAAUUCAUAUGGUUCUUCACUGUAUUCACCACCUGAUAGGCUGCCUUCUCCCCGGCAUUAUGGGUUAGACAGUCGCAAUUAUUUCAACCCUGAUUCUUCAUCUCACCAUAACAGUACACGUGAUAUGCCCACACGUCAUAGUAGGUGGCGAAUGCCAUAA